AUGUCGCGAGUGGUGAACCCCGCAAUUUCGAAAUCGACAGAAACUCGAAAACUGAACUUCAUCGAAACUGGGGAUGUCACCAAACUCUCCAAAUCCUGCGAUUUCUGCAAAUCCAAGAAGGUCAAAUGUGACCAGGUCAAGCCCAUCUGCUCUUACUGUGUGAGACAUAGCCAGGAAUGUGUCUAUAGUAGAGUCAGAAAGCCAGGCUUGAGGCCAGGAUACGGCCAGCAGGUAUUUGACAGAAUCAACGGUCUUGAAUCGUUUGUAGAAAACUUUCAUACCUCCAGUAGUACAGAAAUCGAAAGUCUCAAGAACAGAAUCGAGGAGUUCACCUCUAGAUUCGAAAGCAUAGAAGACAAACUUAUCAACAUUGGCAAUGCAAACAUCACUAAAAUAUCUGCUACUGGGAACCAAGAGGGUAAGUACUUGUAUGGUGAAUUGCCUACUAUACACGAGGCAACAAUCUUGUUAGACAUUUUUCAAGAAAAGAUUCAUCCAAUAUUUCCAGUCGUUGAGCAUUCAAAAUUCAACACUUUGCUUGAAGAGUAUGAAACAGCCCCAAGAUCAAUACUUUUAGGAGCCAUAUUAUGUUCAUUGCGAUUUGCUGAUACAUCACUAAUUACCCAUAGACAAAAGAAGGUGUAUCACGAGUCCAUUUUCUCAAGGUUGCUAAAUUCUUGCUUUGUGGUAGGCACUGUAGAGGAGUUGCAAGCCAUGAGUUUACUAGCUUUUGACCUUUAUAGCUACUCCAACAACCCCAAGACAUGGAGUGUGAUAUCGUUAAUAGCCUCUGGAGUUGUCCAUCUUAAUUUAUCUAGAGGCAGGCUUCAAACUUCUAUUCUUGAGCUAUACACGAGUCGUUCUGGUGUAUCCAAGAAUGUAACUUCCAGAACAGUAGCAAGCCAAAAAGUGGUGGAAGAGAGAAAGUUGUUAUUUUGGGAAAUCUUUCAGCUUGAUAUUCUUUCCAGUGCUUCAAGCUCGUUUCCCUUGAAGAUACCCUCUUCUGAAAUCGACUGUUCGCUACCAUUAAAAAGGGAGUUGUUUGAAAGUGCACAAACGAAUGAGGACUAUGAAAGACUCAAGAGCUUGCCCACAAGAACACUCAAUAAAUAUGUCAGUAAUGUCAACUAUGACCACUAUGACUCAAAUUGUUUUCUCAUUGAAAUCUUGAAUAUUCUUGGAAAGAUUCACAUGUUCAUGAGGAAACCGCUUGAUCUUACGAAUAUAAAGGAAAUGUUGAAUUGGCAGAUUAAGUUUUCUGAGUUGGAUAACGAAAUCCAAGUAUGGAAAGCAACUUUGCCACGUAUGUUUAACGAUUUAUUGGAUAACGAAAAGCUACCGUAUGAUAAAAUAAAUUCGUACAAGGAUAUACUCUUCCAUUCGUUAUACUAUACUACGAUUGUCAGGCUAAAUUCUAGUGUGGGUUAUCCUUAUCUUCAGCUUUCUAGUGGGCCUCUAUCGUUCAAGGAUGCUCGUUCCAGGUGUUUGGAUGCUGCCCAGCAUGUAGUCAAUUUUGCCAAGAAGCUUUCGCAAAUCUUUGAGGAUGAUGCAGCUUUCCACCAACGGAUUGGUCCUUAUUAUGCCUUCUCUCUUUGGGUUUCAGCACGUUUGCUUUUGGUGAAUGCUAUCAAUAGUGACUUGGAAAUCCCUGCAGAUGUCCAAUACUUAAUAUCUCUAUUGACACGUAUGGGGGACUCUUGGGAGAGUGCUUCGAAGUAUGCUAACAUAUUGAACUUCUUGAUAAGUGAGUUGGAAACAGAAUCUCAAGAGAACUUGAAUAUCAUAAACCAUUUCUCUCAUGGCGGUAGUGAAGAGUCAAUGUACCGCUCAGAAGAUGCAAGCAUCAUCUCGGAUAUGAGACUCAAUGCUUACAACUUGGAUGUGAUUCUCUCUGAAAAGGUUGAAAAGUUUACUAAUAGAAAGGGGGGCAAGGUGUCCCCUAAUAACCAGGCUGAUAUCUCUAAUUUUUUUGAAUGGUUCAAGUUACCGUUUACUGAGAUCAAUACUCCAACAUUGCAGUAG